CAGCAGCCGGAAGAGAGACAGCCGGCGGAGUAGCUGCUCCCCUAACCGUGGCCUGGAGGGCUCGCCGGUCCGCGCCCCCAGCAAGUCCCCGGUGCGGUCUGGCAGCCGCCCCUCGCCUGUUGACCCCUGGACGCGCAUGGCGCCGCCCCAGGACACCGCGUCGCCGCUCCGUGACGGUGAGGUGCACCACGCCCCCAGCGCCAGCCACCGCAGCAUGUCCUACGAGGAGGGGCGCCGCAGCCCGCAGCCGCCGCUGUGGAAGGCUCGGUCGUGGCAACAGUACAGCGUGGGGCACAGCACGCCGCAGAGCGAGCGUGCGCGCCAGCUGGCCAAGAGCCAGUCAUGGCAGCAGCAGCAGUCCAUCGUGUUGGGCCACUCUGUGGAGGCGGGCGGCCCGGCGCGCCCCCGCCACCACCACAUCACGCGGCAGGAGGCCGUGCAGCCCCACCCCUCGGCCGCCAUGGGUAAGAGCCGCUCGUGGCAGCAGAGCCACGAGGCGGAACCCCUGCCCGGGCCCCUCCCACGCACCUACACUGUCUCCGAGCGGCGGGGGCGUCGCUCGUCCAUUCGUCUAGCACCCCCCUCGCCCACACGCCCCAGCCCGCCCUCUUACUCUCAGUCCCCGGCCAGGUCCCCACUCUCUGCCCUGCCCACUCAGCACGCCUCCCCCAGCACUCACACGCCCAUACACGACAUGCCAGCCCACUACCAACACCGUCAGCACGCGCCGCCCGUACGCUCACAGACCACCUACGGCACGCCAGGCCACGGCACGCCGCACCUCACGGAGUACGUGGAGCUGCGCAAGUACGAGGCCAUGGAGCGGCAGCAGCAGCAGCAGCAGGAGUACGUGGACUUGCGGCAGUACCGCGCCGAGCAGCUGCGCAGCCAGCCGUCGCGGGACCCCGUGUGGCGCGAGCGGUACUACAUUCCUGCCACCUUUGCUCAGUUCAAACAGCUACAGCAGCAGCACAUGCAGCAGCAGCAGCAACAACAACAGCAGCAGCAGCUACACCAGCAGCAGAUUCAUCAACAGCAGUUAAAGCAGCAGCAGCAGCAGUACCAGAAGCACCAGCAGCAGCUACAGCAGCAGCACCACCAGCAGCAGCUUCAGCAACAGCUUCAGCAGCAGCAGGCGCAGCAGCUGAUGCGGCAGAAGAGGCAGCGCACCCUGCAACACCAGAAGUCCAUCAUGCCGCACGAGCAGGGCUCCCCGGGCCGCAUGGACGGCGAGUACGCGUCGCUGCAGGAGAUCCGCGACGCGGCCCGCGACAGCAAGGCGAGGCAGCGGCUGUCCACGGCGGCCUCGCAGGCCAGGCAGCAGCAGCAGCAGCACCAGCAGCAGGACCACCACGCGGGGCCCGUCAAGUCCUCCUCCCUGAUGACCUCUCAGGAGCUGCUCAACACGCUCAAGCGGCAGCUGGCGCUCUCCUCGCCCACACGCACCACGCGGAGCAAGAGCCUGGAGGCGGGGCGGGCGGCGGCGGCUGCAGGCAUUGACAUCGGGCCCGAGGAGACUGGCGGUGAGAGUGGCCCCGAGCAGGGCCUGGACACGCUCUCCCCAGCCCUGCUGGCCCUGGUGGCCGAGAAGAGGGCGCGGCUCAAGCGCUGCACCGGCGCCUUCUCAGGUAGCGGCGGGGGACGCGUGGCCGUGUUGCGCCAGGUCACCGCGCCACCAACGAGAUGUUCGUUGGUGGGGAUGACAAGUGACAGCGAGUGUGAAGACAAGAAGAGCUCCGCCUCCUCCACGGGCGCCACGGAAGGAGGCAGGGUGUUCUCCUCCGCCUCGCCCCAGACCACCGCCGCCCUCGUCAGCUCCCACGACUACAACAUGGAGCAGAGCAACGUGGCCCUUCUGCGUGCUGAGCUCAAGAUUGUGACCACAGACCGGGACAUCAUGAAGAAGGAGCUGAAGAAGGUGAGCCGUGAGAGGGACGAGGCGCUCAACAAGCUGGCAACAGUGCAACACUCAGACCAGCCAGCCAACUAUGGAACCCUCAAGCAAGGGGACAAGACCCAGGCUUCCUCCAGGGACUAUGAGAACCUCAAGAUGCAGUGUGAGAAGGCCAUGGCAGAGGUGCAGGGCCUCCUCAAGCAAAACAUGGAGAUCACCAGGAAGUAUGAGAACACCCUGAAGGAUGUGGACUACUACAGGAAGCAGGAGAGGGCGGCUUACACAGCCCUGCAGAACCUGAGGAUGCAAUAUGAGGAGGUGGUGGCUGAGAAACAGAAGUUAGAGCGAGAGGUCACCUCGCUGCAGACAAUAAUGGAAGAUGAUCGUAAAGAGAUCGCUGACCUUCGCCGGCAACAGCAGAAGGUUAGAUUCCCGCUCAAAAGACAGGAGGCAAUCACACAAGAGGGGUCAGGAGAGGCAAUCAACCAGCUCUACAUGACCACAAUGCGCAAAUAUGAAGCCAUCAAGGAUGAAUAUGACUCAAUCAGAAAGAGAUACUCAGAUUUAGUGGCAUCACAUUCCAAUAACAUAUCCAAACUGGAGCUCACACAGGACUUCCACAGCCAGGCCCCAAAUGGUCUCCCAGUGAUUUCCCCCAGCCUGAUAUCAGCGGAAGAAGUAUCACGCUUAAAAAAACAGUAUGAAGAAGUGAUGCGAGAGUGUAACGAAGCGGUGAGGGAGAAGAAUUGCCUCAAACAGCAGUGCACAAAGGCUAUCACUGAGUGGGACUCUGCCCUCAGAGAGAAGAACAAACUGCAGGAAGAUUUGCUUAAGGCCCGAGAGAAGAACGACGAGAUGAUGAAGGAGAUGAACACCCACAUGAUACAGAAGCAGCACCUCAGCAAGGAUCUCAAAAGGCUACAGGAGGAGAGGAACGCAGCAAUGCAGGAGUACACCCUGGUGAUGAGUGAGCGAGACACUGUGCACAAAGAGAUGGACAAGCUGCAAGAAGAACUCUCUCAGGCCAGUAAAAAGAUUAAAAACAUUGAACAGACCACCAACAACACAAACAAAGAGCGACAAUCACUUUUACUUCAAAUUGAGAUGCUGCAGAGGGAAAUAGCUGCCUCUCUGCACGACCGAGACAAGGCCAUCAAGGAGUGCAAUGAUCUGCGGGAGAGAUACGGUGCUAACGGCGACACCAGCAAGGAGUGGGAGCGCUCAUACAAAGACUACGAUAGUUAUAAGCAGGAAAGGGACAUCACUAUGAAGAGUGGGCCUGAUGUGGGUCCCUCCUCACAUGACAUGUACACCAAGGCACAGAAGGAGCGUCUGGACAACCUGGAUCAGGCCAACCAGGAGAUAGACCGCCUCCGCAAGACCAUUGAGAAGUUACAGAGCGAAUUGCAAGAGGCACAACAGGAGGCAGAGGUGUCAAAGAGACGCCGCGACUGGGCCUUCAACGAGCGAGACAAAAUUGUGCAAGAAAGAGAAUCCAUCCGGGCACACUGCGACAAGCUGCGACGAGAGCGAGACAGAAAGGUGUCGGAGCUGGCCGAAGCUCUGCGAGAUUCUGAUGAUAUGAAGAAACAGCGCAACGAGACCUCCAAAGAACUGAAGGAGCUGAAAGAGAGGCUGGAAGCGGAGCAGGAGAAGGUUGUGAGACAGCAGCCGCCACACAACCACUCCCGUGACUCGGCCAUUGAUACAGAUUUACAAGAAUGGGAAAUAGAGACUUUGCAUAUACCAGUUAGCGCUGUGUCCGAGAAUGAUGUGGGCUUCGUGAUAGCCGGCGGCCGCGACGACCCUCACUGUGGUGGUGGUGACGGCGCUGUGUAUGUCACCAGCAUCACCAAGGAUGGUCCAUUUGAGAGGAAAUUGAGAGUUCACGACCAAAUAGUGCGAAUAAACAGCAUGGACUGCCUGGGCCUGGAUUGCGAGAGUAUUUAUGCCGCAGUGAUCAACGGAGGUGGCUGGAUCCACAUGACGGUGAAGCGGAGGCGCAGUGGAGGCCGCAGUCUGCACACGGCUCACCUCCACUGCCCCCGUGCCUCCCACCAUGGCCUCAUGCUGCACACAGGGGUCUACAUUGCCAACAUCCUGCCGGGGAGUCCCGCAGCACGAGAGGGAAGCCUGGCCAUUGGAGACAGAGUACUGAAUAUCAAUGGGAAGCCCGUGGAGAACCUCAGCAGCUGUGAGGAGGCUCAGGGUCUCCUGGACGCAGCUGGAGAGGUGGUGCAGCUCACCACUUUCAAGUCCCAUGGGUCCUCCACUCUGUCGGCGCCUCUCAGUUCCUCCUCCAGCGGCCACAACAUCACAGAGGAUGACAAGUCAACAUCACCGUCAAGGCCGUACUCCUCACCAACUUCCCCCUCCAAGGACUCCGGCGUUGGCCCCUGCCAGUCAGGAAGUCGUGAGCCCAUGAAGAAGCUGGUGCCCGGGUCAGGCGGCAUCCACAGCGAGGACAGCAGCAGCAAGAAGUACGGAAGCAAUGAGAAGGUUUACAAUGUCACCAGAGCCACGGGAGAGAAAGGGUCGGCAUCAGGGCCGCUGGACCUCAUCAAGAACAUGGUGCGGCCCAGAAGACACAGCAGAGAGCGGGUGGAUGGCCGCAGCGGCAGCCGGGACAAGGAGGAGAAGAAGAAACUCGUCUCCUCAGUGCUGGACCACGAGACAGAGAGCGCGCUGGCCCAGCUGGACUCUGUCAACAACCUGUACCACCACAAGAGCGGCAGCAAUGGCGGCACCAGCACCACCAAGCGGUCCAAGAAGCGCGAGAAGGAAAAGUCAGGCGGCACGUGGCCCAAGUACAAGGGUGCGGUGAGCAACAGCUGGGACGCUGACACCGGGACGGUGGUGUACCCGCACCACAAGAAGGAACGGGGCCAGAUAUCAGUCUUCUUGCCGUCCUUUAAUUCAUCACCGUACAGAGAUGAGUCAAAACCAUAUGAGUCGUACCACCAUGAGUCUCACCUGAACAUGCGGGGCAUGACCAGCUCCCGCCCACCUCUCACCAGCCCCCGCAGCCCUCAGUUCACCUUGUACAAAGGCAUAGACAGCGGCGAUAUCAAGUCUUGCUCUCAUAGCAGCGCUGCGCAGGUUUUCACCAACACACAGUCGAGUGACAGUGCUUACCCCAGCCAGGAAGUGUACAGCUCCUCUGUGGACAGAAAAAAUGAAGACACAGAAAGAGGAGACCGGCUGAGCUCUCUCACACCCUCUGACAACUCCUCCAUUGACCUCUCCGUCAGAUCAGGAAAUGUUGGAAAAGCAGAACUUGAAUACUACGUCAGAAGAAACAUCAUCAAGUACCCACAGCGGGACAGUGAAUCCAACAUGAGUCCCGUGGACCCAAACCCGCCCCAGUCCAUCAGUCUGCCUCCUUGCUAUGGAACAAGACCCACCUCCCUCCACCACGGGGGGGACUGCACCCCCACCAACUCCCGCGUCCCUCACCCGCACGCCAGCCUCUACUCUCCGCCCAUCGGCACCCUUCAGUCACCACCAUCUUUUCCGCAGUACACCCCAGUGCCACACUUCUCCCUCACCCACACACACACAUACCCGCACAACACCAUCAGCUCCUCCGUAAGUGCCGUCUCCACACGCUACUCCUCCCCGCCCACUCAUUCCCUGGUGCACUCCAACCUGCUCUCCUCAUCCAGGAGUGGCGACAGCAUCCUGCCCACCUCCGGGCCAGACCGCGACCUCAGAGAUAGAAUUUAUUACGACAGCCGGCCCACCUCUUCCCCGACCCCCAUAGGAGUGAUAGGGACUGCUGGGAGCGGCACAUUCUACCACUCCCCCUCACCCUCCUUUGAGUUCUCGGGUCACCACAAACCUCGCACCAUCCACCGCCACCCAUACCGUGUCGGGUCGGAGGAGCCCCCACCCCUCCCCCACCACUCGUGCCCCCCACCUUACCACAACUCCCAGCGCUCCGUUAUCGGCACAAUGCCCCGCAAGGAGGACGAGAGGAUUAGAAUACCAAGCAAUGCCAGCGUUGCCAGCAAGAGCAGUGGGGGGAAGGGCAGCAGCAUGGAGAGAAACUCAGAGAGGAGUUCUCCAAUGCCGCUUAGCUACUCUGUGGAGAUGGUGGGCGGCGGUAGCAGCAACAGUUGUAGCAAGGGCCUGCCGCACAUCACCCAGAUCAGCCACUCUGUCAACAGUCCUCACUACCAAGACUACCGCAAACCCAACCCCGGGGACCUGCGGAACAUCCACAUAGAGAAGUCUUCCCAGCAGCUGGGCAUACAGAUCCGCUGCCUUGAGAGUGGUGGUGUGUACGUGUCGUCCGUCACCAUCAACUCUUUGGCCUCUCAGGUUGGACUGUGUGUUGGGGACCAGCUGUUGGAGGUGUGCGGCAUCAACCUGAGGUCCGCCACCAAGCAGUCGGCCUCCAUGGUGCUGUCCCAGUGUGGCACCUCCGUCACCAUGCUGGUCCAGUACAACCCGGAGAAGUACCACGAGGCAGACUGCUGGGAGGGAAGCAGCAGUGAGGGCAGUGUGGAAGGCUCCUGGGUUGGCACACCUACCCCUCGUAACUCCCCCAAGCCCUCCUCUCUGGACUCCCAGCACCCUGUGGACGAUGAUGACCUGCCCCCCUCCACCACCUCCACCCUGCGGGGACCACUGGACCUGAGGGAUACACUGGACCAUUCGCUGCCGCCGUCUGCUCGGUCCACCCUCACCCGGCCUGAGAUAGCACACGUCAUGAGCACACUGAAGAGGCAGGACACUUUUUCCAGGCAAAGCGACAACAGUUGCGGCGGCGGUGGCAGCAGUGGCGUCACCAACAGCUCAGUUGCGGGGGGCAGCAGCAGUGGUGGAGCUGUCAGCGGCGGAAAUAGCAGCAACAACAGCAGCAGCGGGGAACCUCGGCUGGUGUACCUGGAGCUGAACAAGUCGCACAACCUUGGCAUCCAGAUGGUGGGUGGGAAUGCACUAGGAAUCUUCAUCCACGCUGUGCCCCCCGACUCCCCCGCUGCCCGCGCUGGCCUGCGUCCCGGUGACCACAUCCUGGAGUACAAUGGAGUGGAUCUGCGCCACGCCACUGCAGAACAGGCUGCCUUUGAACUCGCCAAGCCAGCUGACAAUGUGACAAUGCUGGUCCAGUACAACUACCAGAGAUAUGAGGAGAUUCAGGACCAGCCAGGUGAUAGCUUCUACAUCCGAGCAAAAUUUGACCGGCUGGGGGAUGCCGGGGACCCUUCAGACCUGAGGUUCCGCAAGGAGGAUAUCCUGUAUGUGGACAACACAAUGUUCAACAAUGUGCCAGGGCUGUGGCGUGCCUGGGUGGUGGAUGAGGAUGGACACAAGCGACAGUGGGGCACCGUGCCCAGCAAAGACAAGGUGGAGGAAGAGAUGCGGCUCCAGCGCAGCGUUGGGGACCUGCAGAUGGACUCCUCACGCCGGGGAUUCACCUCUGCCCGCCGCUCCUUUUUCAAGAGGAAGAAACCGUCACGCUCAUCCUCCCGAGACUCCAAGGAACUGGCAAGCUUCUCCGAUGCCUCACUCAACUCCUACACAGAGACAACACCGCUUCACGAUGACCUCUGCCCAAACUCCUACAUUCGGGUGGAGAGACUUGACUACUUGGUGCGCCGCCCAGUGGUGAUUGUGGGGCCACUGUGGGAGCUGGUGUGUGACAAGCUGUGCCAUGACUUCCCACACAACUUCACCAGGUGCGUCCCUGAGGUCAGCAGACUCUCAGCUAAUGAAUUGGAGGAAGGCAUCCAAAAGAACCUGAUUGUUGACUACAGGCGGCGAGGGUCACACUUUGAGGCCACAACUGUUAGCCAAGUGAAGGAGAUCUGUGACAAGAGCUGUCACGGCAUCCUGGACAUCAGCCUGGCCUCAGUGGAACGCCUGCACCGCCACAACAUCUAUCCCAUUGUGCUACUGCUCAAGUUCCGCCACCACAAGCAGAUUCGGGAAGUGUGUGAGUCCCACCACCCUCCUGCUGAGCGGAUAUCACAGAAGGAGGCAAAGGAGAUGUUUGAGCUGGCUGCAAAGAUGGAGCAGGAGUACAAACACGUCAUCUCUGCGGUGACCACGGCUGCCGUCAACUUGCCCUACACAAGCACACAGGUGAAGGCGUGUGUCGACCAGGAGCAGUCCAAGACUCUGUGGGUGCCGUCAGGAAGCUUAUGAAACAGGGAGCAGUGCACCAAGGGGAUCAAUGAUGUCUGCCCUCACCAUUACCUUGAACUGACAAGACUAAUAUAGUUGUGUGUGUGUGUGUGUGUGUGUGUGUGUGUGUAUUAUACACAUAUGCACAUCCAUGCAAGUAUACAUUGUGAAAUCUCUUUUAUUCAGACAUUGUAUGUGGCUUUCUGUGUGUCUACUGUUGUGAUGAACUAAUGAGAAUAAUUAAUGGGCUGGAGAAUAUACAGAGGAUCAUCUGAUAAAGGAUGAUGAGACAUUAAGACAUCACUCAGGCAGAUUUUAAAAAUUUUGUUUAAACUGUUUUAAAGUGUCAGUUUUCCCAAAGCAGAACCAACUUUGGAACAGAGUAGAAGAUGAAGUUUUGCUGGCAAGAAAUAUCCAUCAUUUAAAGUUUGCCAAGUAUUCAAGUCAUUGCAAAGACAGAACAACAUGAGCUUGAGUCCCUGUAUGUUAUACUCCCAGGGACACACUCUGUACUCCACUCGUCUGGAUGGAAAGGAUUUGACUGUGUACAUACACGCCUGCAAUGCCUGGACUGUGUCAGUGAUGUGUAUCAGUUGUUUGCACAACAUUGUGUUACUGUCAUUUCUGCUUCAAAACUGGAACCUUCCAACAUUCAGCCAUUAGGGGUUCCCAUCUCAUGAAAGGAAUAUCCUUUUUUCACAAGUUCACAGCAUAGACACACACAACACUCAAUACUUGUAGUGGGUGGCUCCGCUACCCAGCUCGGGAAGUUACUGAGUGCACUGAACACUACCUGUGGAAGAGCCACAACAGCUCCAUGCUUUCCCCUUGAAGAAGCUCCCUUGACCAGAGUGUUGCUGCAGACUUCACUAUUCCUUCGUUGUGCCUUCUCAGAACAAGAACUGCUAAGUCUCAUAGUGUGCCCUAACUGUAGCUGUCCCUUCAAGGUAUGCACCGGAACACUACACUUGAGGACCUUCACUUCAUCUCUUAUGGGAAAUUUUAGGAGAUAACUGUCUAGACAUUUUCAUUAUGUGCAACUUGAUAAACAACAUUCCAUUCUGCCUUAUGGUCCCUUGCUUGCAACUUGCACCCAUGGAGUGUGACCUUUCCUCCACUCACUUAUAUUCUUGACCUCUCCUGCUCACCACUACACUAUCCUGAUUAAACUAACAUGCACACCAAUCAGCAAUGUGAUCUUGACCUUUCUUGACUUUUAUCUCUCCUGCAGUACACCCAUCCCCCUCUUCUGUCCCACAAUUAUUCUGUCAGGUUAUGGAAAUGUUAGGAGGUGAUGCUUCCCUCGCUGAGGCUGAUAGUGCUAGGUGAUAUUGCAACAGAUUAUUGUUCAUUUCUGUUGCCACGUACACUCACUGACAGUAAACAUUGCAGCUAAGAUGACCGGAAAUGUACAUGUGCUCACUUCAAACUGUAUGUUGCAGCUGAAAAAACUUAAGUGUACAUUGACUCACUAUUGACUGAAUGGUGCAGCUAAAAUGACCCCAAGUGUACAUGUGCUCACUACUAACUGUACAUUGCAGCUAAAAUGACCCCAAUAUGUACAUGUGCUCACUAAUAACCAUACAUUGCAGCUAAAAUAAACUCAAGUGUAUAUUGCUGGCUGCCUCCCAUACAAAAUAAGGCUUGCUGUGGUUGCUGCCUUUUGGUACUCAUAUUCUUGUUAAGGUUUCAAAGUUCCAUUUGUCAGCCUUUGUCAGGUGACGGCAGUUUGCUGAGCCACACAGCUACGUACAUACAACUCGUCUGUCAUGGCCUUUGUGUUCUAGCUAGCCUCCUCUUCCCUUCCUGUGUCUGUUAUCCCAUGUCUCUCAAGUCUACCUACUGGCACGCUGCCUCUCGCUUGUAAGUGCUCAUCAGCCCUUGUGUUCUAGCCAGCCUCCUCUCCCCUUUCUGUGUCUGUCAUCCCAUGUUUCUCUGGUCUACACACUGGCAUGCUGUCUUCUGCUUCUAAAUGCUCAUGUUAUUGUUUCCAUCCAUGUUCUCCACUUGCACAAACUGGUACUCAUACUCUUUCAUGACUUCACUUAUGCUUUUUGUUAAAUUUUCUCUCUCUCUCUCUCUCUCUCUCUCUCUCUCUCUCUCUCUCUCUCUCUCUCUCUCUCUCUCUCUCUCUCUCUCUCUCUCUCUCUCUCUCUCUCUCUCUCUCUCUCUCUCUCUCUCUCUCUCUCUCUCUCUCUCUCUCUCUCUCUCUCUCUCUCUCUCUCUCUCUCUCAUCACCUCUGCAGGCAUCUUGCACCACCACCUCCACUACCAUCAUGGCACUCUUCUCCAGGGGGACAAGAUAACUCUUCCUUAAUGGCUGAAUAUUUUUUCCUUUAAUCGUAUUUUUCACCAUCUCAAAAUGAUGUUAAGUGAUGCACGAACCAAAGAAAAUUUUAGACCCCCUUCCUCCUCCCCCACAUAGAGCAUAUAUAGACUAUAGGAUGCUAUUAUUGUGUCAGAGUAAUCUUGAAAUGCAUCUGUUGUUCCCAUACGUACAUUCUUGAUUUUGUCUGUCGCCCUUCGAUCUUUUCUGUCCUACUUUUAUUUUUUAUUUAUUUUUUUUCAAGUACAAAUUAUCAAGUGACAUGGUUAUAUUCACACAACGUAUCUACUUGUUGGAAAGACGUUUUAACAAAGUUUCAAGUCAAAAAAAGGAAAAGCUCUCAUGUCCUGAGUGUACCCAAGCGUGGUGCCUCCCACUGACCUCCUGCACAGCCUCCAGGAAGGCACCAGUGUAUCAGUCUCCCCAAACCAAAGAAGUGUUGUGGCAGUGCUGGUGAUCGUAAGGUGUCAUGUGUAGUCCACUGGUCUUGUAUUGAUGACAGUAUUCCUUCUCACUUGUGCCUUAGUGGAGCUGGUAAGUGUAGCACAUUACAAGGCAUGUUGAGUGUGCGUGAUACUGACUGGGUGCUGGCCUCUCCUGAUCUCAGGUAAAAGAAAUUAGCCUGACAUUAGUUGACAUCGUAGCAGUUAGCACAUUCAGUGACAAUCUGUGAGAAAGCUUAAUUUGGCAUCCAGAGCCAUGUGCCUCCGUGCCAUCAGACGCCACUGGUCGCCCCGGGGAGCUCAGGGCGAUGCAGAAAGCACUCGGGGUUUAUUGCAGAAAUUGUGAACCAUUGAUGAUAAAGAAAGACUUGAAACUGUGAUUUCUUGAUUGCUCUGGUAGUACACAAACCCUUGUGUCUUCCUUUAGUGUUUAAGUUUUCAUGGAAGUAAUUCAUGUAUUUACCAAAAUUACUCUUAAGUUUUCAUUUCCAUUGUGGUAUGUCAGACAGUCAUUAAUACUGUACAGAUUUGUGUAAUUUUCUUAACAAUAAUUUUUAAACUCUUUAAAUUUAAUGUAACUUAUUUAUUUUAUGUGUACAUUCAGAUAUACAUUAAUAUAUGGAAAAAUGCACACACACACACACACACACACACACACACACACACACACACACACACACACACACACACACACACACACAAAUAUAUAAAUAUAGACAAUAGCCUAUGAUGUUAAAUGUUGAGCAAAACCUGAGAAUUAAAUGUUAAAAUAUUUUCAAAUGUCAUCUGAAGACAGUGCUAAAUCUUGUUCAGUCCUUGGAAUGCCCCAUUCUUGGUCUUUCAUACUUUCAUACUCUAGUUUCAGCUGAUGUAAAAAGUGAUGUAUUGAACUCCUCGGUCACAUUGUUUUGUAUCUAUAUCUAUUCUGUGAUUGGCUGUUGUUGGCAUGGGCUUAGGUCAUCUAGAAUCGUUAGGGUCCCUGCCUGUGAAAACUAGCAAAAACCAAAAUGAACUAUAUUGUAAUGUCUUUAAGAUCAUAUCAGAACUUUCAAUAUCAAAUAGGCAAUUGUAGUGAAUGUUGUGCUAUAUGUAGACACCCCACGCUGCGUCCCUCCCAUGGAAGCCUGGGACGAGAGCGAGUCUGUUAUGCAUCCUCUUUCAUGCCGUGUUAGAUAUCACAGUUUUGGUAAUGUUCACACUGUUUAGCCCUUUAAUAUGUGACUUGCUUUACUACUGCCCAAAAUAUGCUUCAUACGACAACCCUCAGCAUGGAAUUGCAGUUUUUGUGUCACACGCGCACGUCACUCAAAUUGUGUGGACGUGAGGCGCCCCAUGGUGCCACAGGAGGCAGCUACACACACCUGUUUUGGCAACACUGCUUACAGGUUUGAGUUUUUAUCCUGUAAGUUAUUUAUUUAUUAUAUAUUUGGAAUAAUAUAUUUUUAAUUAGUUUAUAUAAUUUGUGCGACAAAUGUUUGACGUGAGGUGGUGACGGCACGCAGUGGUGCGUUGACAGUGCCACUAGGACACGUGUGCCUUGCCAACCCUGCCCGGGACUGGCGUGAGUGACACGCGGUGCACCGCUGUGUUCACGCCCCACGGAUGGCUAGCCCCCCACACACAGCCAACUACAGAACAUUUUCUUUUCCAUUAAAAAGAUGAAAAGAAAGAAAAAAAAAGUUGAAUGACAACGAGUCAAAACUCCAUUGUGUCACUGGUGAUUGUCACUGGGAGUGAGAUAUAUUUUGUGUGUGUUUGGAAUCUUGUAUAAUACUGUAAUAUAUCUGCAGGUGUAAUUAAGGCGGCGAUGUAUUACGUUAGGUGUACUUUAUACGAGAAGAUUCUGUGAGCAAUAACAGCGGAGAGGAAUAUGUAUAAAUGUUUCUUAGUGAAUAUAAGAUAUUUGUAUAAA